AGAUAAAUGCUGGUCGUUUUUUUUUUCGCGAAAAACUCUUUGCAAGGCCAAAGAGCAGUAGUAGUUUGUCAAACUUGAUCGAGUAGUGUUCUUAUUUUGAAAGACAUGGUGGUGAAAUCAGCAUCAAUUUCCUUUUUAAUUGUGAUGGCUGUGGCCUCGUCGAUUGAAGGAUCUAGUAUUCUCGUAUCGGUCCCAUUUGGCACAAAAAGCCACAAGAACAUGUACGUGCCUUUGGUGCAAGAACUAGUGACUCGAGGACAUAAUAUUACUGUUAUCACUAAUUACAUGACGGCCGAUUUUAUGAACCUGGAUAACGUUCGAGAAAUCGUUCUAGAACAAUUAUGCCUGAACAUGUCGCACUAUCCGAACGUGUUUGACAGUUUACUUUCAUCAAGUUGGAACUGGGGUAAUUGGGGUUUGACAAGCCAACUGCUUCGCACGCAAUCAGAAUAUCCACCCAAGGUUACGAAUGUACUUUACGAUAACCCAAAAGUUCAACAAAUGCUUGCUAAAGAUACAUUCGAUCUAGUUAUUGCCUCUCAGGUAUUACUCAUGUCAAGUGCUCCUUUAGCUUGGCAUUUUAAGGCUCCAUUAAUUGUAUUCAGCCCAAAUACGUUAUUCCCAGGAAUGGCUACUAUUUUGGGAGAUGAUGAACAUACUAGUUACGUACCACUUGUCUUUUCUCCUUACACUAAUAUGAUGAAUCUCUGGCAGAGAAUCAUCAACACUCUUGCUACCAAUAUGAUUCUGGUGUUUCAGCAAUGGUAUGAAGGAUCUAUAAUUCCUUCGAUUGUUAAAGAGAAGGGCAUGCCUUGUUAUGCUGAACUUGAUGAAAUAAUUAGAAACGUGACAGUGGUUCUUACCAACAGUCAUCCGAGUUUUUCUUAUCCUCGUUCCUUACCGCCUCAAGUCAUCGAAGUGGGCGGUAUUCACUGUCGAUCUCCCAAGCCAUUGCCGAAUAACUUGGAAAAUUUUGUAUCUGGGGCUGACGGCUUCUUGCUUUUUAGCAUCGGAAGUCUUCAAAAUAUGGAAGAUAUGCCUGAAUAUCUUCUCCAAUCGUUCAUUCGGAUUUUUUCCCGUUUGCCUUUACGAGUAAUUUGGCAAUGGAAAGGAAAAAUCAGGUCAGAUUUGCCUGCCAAUGUUCUUGCCAUUCCUUGGCUACCACAACAAGAUCUAUUGGGACAUCCUGGAUGUCGUGCUUUCAUUACUCACGGUGGUCUAAACAGUUUACAAGAAGCCAUUUAUCACGGUGUUCCCAUGCUAGGAAUACCUUUUGGCAUCGAUCAGUUUCUUAACCUGCGACGGGCUGUCAAUGAUGGUUACGCCUUGCAGUUACAAUGGAAGGAAAUCAACGAAAAUACUUUAAAUACCGCAAUUCAGCAUCUGCUCUUCAAUAAAAGCUUUUCAGAUGCUGCCGUAAGGCUGUCUGGCCUUUUGCGUGAUCAGAUGGAAACGCCACUAGAAAGAGCUGCUUUCUGGACCGAGUAUGUGAUCCGUCAUAAUGGAUCAGUUGACCAUUUGCGAUUAGGAUCGCGCGAAUUGGCACCUUACCAGCGGUCGCUGAUCGAUGUAUAUCUACUCUUGAUUCUUGUUGGGAUAACUCCACUUGUUUUAGUUUUACUUUGUUUUCGAAACUGCAGCUGCUCGUCGAAAAACAAGGUAACAGCUAGAGAUGUGAAGAACAAACAAGAAUAGAAAAAAGUGAAAGUUCCUCAUUGAAUUCGUACGAGAGCUGAAUACAUAUCUUUGAAAUCAAA